GUGACCGGCGUGUGGUGGGCGAGUGACGUGGCCAUAGGAUCGCGCCACUCUCCUAUCCAAUCGCCGAGACCCGCGCGACCUGUGAGCGAUCUCGAACCGUGCGAUUCAUUUCGCUGCAGACAGUUGUCUGCAAUCAAACACGCCUCAGCCCGGUCCAUAGUUCAACACGUGAACCGGCUAGCGAUGAAUAAUCUUUAUUAUCAUAUAUAUAAGUGAUCUUCAAAUAAAAGUCAUUACAUUACAAUCUGCAAGCCGGCAAGCCGCAAGGGAAGUGAUUUACUUGAAAGUGUUGUGUUGUGUAAAUUACUAUUCUGUCAGUCAUUGAUCGUGGUCUACUUUUUGAUUACGGACUUAUAUUUUGACUAAAACCUGUUAAUAUGGCUCCAAACGCUACAGAUGUUAAUGGGGUGCUCUUCGAGUCAGAUGCAGCAACUCCAGACCUGGCCCUUCCUCACACACCCAUCCAGCAAGCAGACAACUACCCAAAGAAAUAUGUCUGGAGAAAUAUUUUAUUAUUUGCAUAUCUCCAUAUUGCUGCAUUAUAUGGUGGCUAUUUAUUCUUAUUCCAUGCUAAAUGGCAAACUGAUGUAUUUGCCUACAUACUAUAUGUGAUGUCUGGUUUGGGCAUCACUGCAGGAGCCCAUCGGCUCUGGGCCCACAAGUCCUACAAAGCUAAAUGGCCUCUCCGACUUAUCCUGGUCGCCUUCAACACACUGGCAUUUCAGGACUCUGCAAUAGACUGGGCCCGCGACCACAGGAUGCACCACAAGUAUUCGGAGACGGACGCCGACCCUCACAACGCGACCCGCGGCUUCUUCUUCUCCCACAUCGGCUGGCUGCUCGUGAGGAAGCAUCCCGAGCUCAAGAGGAAGGGCAAGGGGCUCGAUCUCAGCGAUUUGUAUGCUGACCCCAUCCUCAGGUUCCAGAAGAAAUACUACCUGAUCUUGAUGCCCCUGACUUGUUUCAUCUUGCCGACCGUGAUCCCCGUCUACUUCUGGGGCGAGACCUGGAACAACGCCUUCUUCGUGGCCGCUUUAUUCCGGUAUGCCUUCAUUCUCAAUGUGACGUGGCUCGUCAACUCCGCGGCCCACAAGUGGGGCGACAAACCCUACGACAAGGCCAUCAAGCCUUCCGAAAAUAUCUCAGUGUCCGUUUUUGCCCUCGGAGAAGGCUUCCACAACUACCACCACACCUUCCCCUGGGACUACAAGACGGCCGAACUCGGCAACAAUAGGCUGAACUUCACUACCAAUUUCAUCAACUUCUUUGCCAAAAUCGGGUGGGCGUAUGACCUUAAAACGGUCUCUGACGAAAUCAUAAAAACCAGGGCUCUACGAACUGGUGACGGCUCGCACCACCUCUGGGGUUGGGGCGACAAAGACCACGCCCGCGAAGAAAUGGAUGCUGCCAUUACAUUACACCCAAAAGACAAGUAAACUUGUCUAUUGAUGAGAAUGACAUGAAAAUAUAGAUCUAUGUAGCACAUUACACUUUCAUACUUCACACGUUUUAUUCGGUAGAGAUCAAUAAAAUAUAAUAACUUCAUCUUUAUCGUUUGGCAAAAAAUUAAGAAUCAUUAACAAAACUGUUUGAACAGUUUUUUUACAACACAAUGACGAAUUUAAUAUCAUGCGCUUUUUCAUUGAACAUACGUAGGUAUAUGUGUUUUGUUGCGUUUUGAGGCAGUGAUAGAUAUAACUAGUGUUUAAGAAAUGGAUUUACCCCUUCAAUCCAAUAAUUAUGGAGUCAAUAUCUUCAUAAGUGAUUACAUAAUCGCAAUCAAGUCAUAGUGAUUCCUUUGAUAUAUUAUUAUUUUGGGCAUAUACAUCUGGUUCCUCUAGUAAAAAACAUUCCGAAAGCGUACAUUUCAAUGUUGUUGAGAAAUAAAUGAAAUGUUAUUUCAUUUAUUCACUUAUUUUUGAUGGGAGUUUUAGUAUCUUUCAAAAUCUUGAUAGAAGAAAUUAUAUAUUUAUUUGCAUAUUUGUACUAGCGGGAAACGGGAACCGGUUCUGCAUGCCCUAAAUACUAUACCCAUACUAUAUGGUUUAAACAUAGUAUAGAAUGCACGUGACAUUGUUUUUCCCUAGUGUAUAUAUAUAAGUAGUUCAAAAUAUUUUUCGUAAAUCUUCCACAGCACCAAUUUUAUCGAUGUAAACACUUCCAAUGUCCUCGGAAAUCAUGUCAUCGUUCACAUCAAGUUAGAUUGAUGAUGCGAAAGUGAGUGUAAACAUCGGAAUGAAGGUUUUGUUUCUACAUUACUUGUGGAUGUUAUGCUAUUAUUAUGCUUAUGUUUAUAUACUUACGUAACCAAUUUAAAAAACCCUAUACAAACAUCCAAUGUUAUUAUUUGAUAUUUUUUGGUAUAGUUUAUCCAAAUGGAAAGGCAAAGGGAUCAAGCCCAUACAGCCAUCGUCUGUAUUAUUUGAGAUAAGUACAUUCAAAGACAGAAAUUAAAAAGCGUAUUUUUUUAAAUUUAGGACUGAUAAAGAAUUUGCAAUGUAUGUUGAUGUUACGAAUGAGAAUUAUAGACAUAUUUUAUCUAUGCAUACAUUUAAUAAUUUACAAAGUACAAAAUCUGUACAAUAUUUUAAUGACGUAGAUUAAUAAAGCAUUGAAGGCCUGUCGGUGAUAAAAAAAUACUCGAGGGUUUGUAAAUGAUAUAGUCUGCUAGUUGCGACUUGCGCCUCUAUUUGAAGAUACUGCUAAGAGACAGAUAAAUGGACAAAGAACUUUUAACAAGCCCAUUUGGUAUUGUAAUUACCUCUGGCCUAUAAUUUAACUAUUCGAUCUUCCUUUAUACAUAUUACUUAUAUGGUGACUGGUUUCCAUUUAUGUGUAGGUAGAUUGCGAAGAAGCAACAUUAUGUUACAUAACUAUAGCUAUUGUGAAUUAUUUUCUGUAAUUUAAUAUUACAAAGCUAUUUGUUGUUCAGAAUACAAUGUGAUGAUACGAAUAUGUACACAUCAGUAUUAUAGACCACAUAUUUGGCAAAAAGCUGCGUAAACGUAGUGAUAGUUGACUAGUCGCGUUGCAUUUUUAAAAAAUAAGCAUGGUUUGUGGAAUAUUUAUUAUAUACCUAGGAUAACGGCCCAACAGUUUAACUGAUUGAGAAUUAAUUAACAUAUUUAUUUAAUUGUAGCAUAUGUGGUAUAUAAGUUUAAUAUUACACUUUGUAUGGGCACACAUAAAGUUGCAAUGUGAUUGUAUUUACUUGGAUUGUGCCCAACGACGUGUACUGACUGAUGUGUUAAGAUGGCGGAUGACAUGUGAUAUAAAGCUAAGGUGGGUAUUCAAAUAAGGAAGCCAUUAAAUUGUUUUGCACAAAUUUCUAUAUGCACAGUUUGUGACGAUAAACUUAUAAUUUCAUGGAUUUAGUACCAAAUGUUACUUUAAGGUAGUAAAAAUGCUCACGCUGGCGUAUUAUGUACUGUUGUUCGGAAAUAUUGAAAUAAAUUAUUAUGAAAAUAA